GCGUGUGGUACGCUGCGUGAAAUCAUUCAUUUUAUCGUAACCGUAAUACGGUAGGAAAACCGUAAUCGCAGUGGAUCGGUUUGUGGUUUAGCGACAAUCGCGGUAUAAUUGUUAUUUAUUUAGUUUGUAAUGCGACAGCGGUUUUUUCCCGUUUCCCGGCUGUAGUUGUACGCGUGAUAUUAUUGCCGACGUUAAAUACAUUUCGUUCGCGUGAUAAACCGUCUGCUGCAGUAGAUUUUCGUAGAACACGUCCGGUUCGGCCUUCAUGACGUUGUCUGUCGAAGACCGUCUUUAAAGGUACAUUAAACUACGCCUAUCGAUUUAUUCAUUCAAACGAUAUACGAAACAUCGUCAAAUUAAUAUAUACGUCGUAUGCGCCGUCAUUGACAACAUCUAUUUACGAUCUUCAACCAGUGUUAUAAGUCUGGAGUAGACUUAGACAUCGUACUAUAAUGGGACAAUUUCCCUUGCCGCACGCAGUUACCGAUAUACGAUGCGGGAACGAAUUAGAAUACGACCUCGUAGAAACAAAAGUCAAGUAUGGCAGAAAGGCUACAAUUGCUCAGUUAUUGGCUACGAUUGUUCAAAGUUUAUUACUGGUAAACGUUGGAAUGGAGUUGGCGAUGGCUACAGUAGUAAUCGGUUCACUUUACAAAAAUCCAAAAGCUGAAUUCGUACUGACUGAUACCGAAUCUUCUUGGUACGGAAGUAUACUCUAUUUGUGUCAACCGAUCGGGAGUAUACUGUCCGGAUACGCGCAAAAACACUUCGGAAAGAAGUCUUGCGUGGUUCUGGCUUGCGUUCCCAGCAUCUUCGGCUGGAUACUGCUGUGGUACGCAAACUCGGUUACCAUGUUGUACUGGUCGACCAUAACGAUGGGCAUGGGUUUGGGCUUCAACGAUGGCCCGGCGUACUCGUACAUUGGAGAGAUUUGCGAACCGAGACUCCGGGGAAUCAUGUCCUGCGUGAUAAACAUGGCGUGCCUAAUAGGCGUCUUGUCCAGUUACGGGCUGAGUUACGUUUUCCAGUGGAAAACCGUGGCGGCGAUGAGCGCCCUGUGUCCGGUCAUGUGUCUGACGCUAGUGACAUUUAUACCGGAAAGUCCGAUUUGGUUGAUAUCCAAAGGCAAAAACGAAAAGGCCAUGAACGCCAUUUGUUGGCUGAGAGGAUGGGUAGAGCCUCGCGUCGUUGCCAACGAGUACCAAGAGCUGAUGUUUUAUUACAAGACGUCUGUAGACAAAUCAAAGACGAUAAGAGAUUCGAAAGGCACGUUUUCGUCGUUUUUAUGGAUCAAGAGUCCCUCGGUGUACCGACCACUACGGCUGGUCACUGUUUACUAUGUAUUCACGUUGAUUUCGUGUCUGACACCAUGCCGCCCUUACAUCGUUAAAUUGAUGUACGAAUCGGGUGUGAAAGAUACCCACAGUAUAGCUUUAGUACUUUAUGGAUUUAUGCAAUUGGCUGGAAGCGUGGGGCUCACUUUAACGGUGCGGAAACUAGGAAAGCGAUAUUUGACUUUAUCAACGUUGUGCAUAAACACGCUGGCAAUAUUCGUGUUCGCUAUAUACUUCGUAUGUAUUAAUAACACACUGAUUAGUCCCAAAGCCUACGUUCCAAUGGUACUCUACUCGAUCAUCAUGUUCUCUGGAGCUAUGGGCAUGUUGACCGUGCCAUGGACGUUGGUCAGCGAGAUAUAUCCUAAUGAAGCUAAAGGUUUCUCUUCUAGCCUGACGACUGCAAUUUUUUACAUUCUAACGUUUUCGGCGACCAAAGUAUAUUUAAGUGUCGAAAAUACUUUGGGCCUGAAUAACACCUUCUUCAUGAUGGCAGCUUCCAGUUUUGUUGGAUUCGUAUACCUCUACAGAAAUAUGCCGGAGACCGAGAACAAAACUUUAAUGGAAAUUGAAGAAUUUUUUGUACCCAAAAGCGAACAAACUUCUUCUGAGAUAUCACCUGAACCCCAAGCCGUAUGAUGUAUAUAUAUAUAUAUAUAUUUUUUUUUUUUAGUGUACAUAAACGGUUUAGUAUUAAAAAAGUUACCUUGGACGAUGUAUAUACAAAUUUGAAUUAUUAUUACAUAUUAUUUCGAUUGUGCUAUUAUCGUAUGUGACAGUUGCAAUGGUAUUUUUAUGGGAUUUGCAUUGUUAUAUUAUUAAAACAUCAGAUUCUAUAAAUAUAUUAUGUUUCGCGUACUCAGUAAUAUGUGAAGAUCACAAUAACGAAGUUCAUUAUUGUGAUUUAUAAAAUAAUCCAAAUUCCUUGUUUUGUGUUUGAACACAACUUUUAUUAACUUUUAGCACUCGUUUAUUUAAUUUAUUAUACGUUAUAUAAUAUUCAAUGUUAGAACUCGUGAUACUUAUUAUUUUUAAA